UCGCUGUGAGCCGGAGCUCUGCUCACACGUACACAACGACCAGCCGCUUGUUGCAUUUGCUCGCAGGGCAUUUCCAGAGUACGCCGGAGCACCUGGGACACCUUGCGAUAAACAUAUGUAUUUAUUGAUUUGUUCCUAUAAUCAUAUGCGCUUCGACGUUUCAUCAGGCACUGCCGGUGAAUUUAAGAGAGGUCAUAUUACUACGCAUACUGGUUUUGGGUGUCUUUGACUUGGUUUACGUAGCUGCAUGCAACCGUAUGGAUUCUUGUCGAUAGCUAUUGUACAUCAGUCGACCGGUAACGUUAGUUGAUUGAUAGUUUGGUUGCUUAUGGUUUUCUUUGCAAUCCCUCCAACAUGUUGCAAUAACAGCAAACAGGAGGAACAGCUCUGCAUGCAACUGGAUCUGCAAAAGUAAGAGGGGAUCUUGCGAAUAUUCACGCAUGAGACUUGAAGGGAUAUAUUGAGUGAGUGUGCUUUGAAAGUGAGACUUUCGAUUGCAAGAAAUAAAAAAAGACCGGCGGGAUCCUGUAAAGUGAAUCAGUGUGGUGUCAUCAGUGUGUAAUGCAUACAUUUAAUUACAGCAAGAGUCAGGACUCUAUAUUUAUAAACCCGUAAUGACUGUGUCUGUGCAAUUCGUGGGCUUCACGCGCAUUUAACUGCUAAUGAAAAGCACGUCAUUUGCCGGGAACUUUCGUCUGGACGGAAUGUACGUUUUCUAACUGUCACUUCUCGUGAAUAAGAAACUUACGGAGAGCGGAGACCGGAAUGGACGCCAGUGGAUGUGAUCCCACAGAGAGAAAAUUCACAGUUCUGUCUGAAGCACACAGACCUGGGAGACACAACACGGCAGUGGAGGAGGACAGUGUUUACUCAGGAGGCAACGGCUCCCGUGAAGCCACAGCGCGCGCUUACUCGACAUCAUUUCACAAGUGCGUGGACAAUAAUGCCAUCAUGUGUGAUCACAGGAGCUCUUCUUCCAAGAUUUUUACACGUUUCUCCGGGAGGAAUGUGAGCGGGAAUGGAAAGAGAAAGUUUGCAUUGUGCACUUGGAGUUGGUGGGCGUUUUUCUGCAUGCACGUCCACGUGUUGAGAGCGAUCACGCAAGGUGAUGUGGCCCCCUACUUCAAAACGGAACCAGGACCUCCAGAGAUCCACCUAGAAGGGAACCGUCUGGUCAUGACCUGCCUCGCGGAGGGCAGCUGGCCUCUGGAGUUCAAAUGGAUGCUCAACAACACAGAUAUCACAGCCUUCUCCCCAGAGUACAAGUUCACCAUCUCCUCUCUCCAGCGAUCCAAUAUGGGUGUUUACCAGUGUGUGGUGAGAAACAGGAUGGGCGCUCUACUCCAGAAAAGAGCCGAGAUACAAGUGGCAUAUAUGGGCGACUUUAUAGACAAUGACCAAAGAAAGACGGUGACGCAGGGCCGGGCUGCCAUCCUCAACUCCCCAGUGGUCAGUUGCUUCCCGCGGCCACAGGUGACAUGGUUCAGGGACGGCUACAAGAUCAUUCCCAGCAACAGAAUAGCCAUAACAUUGGAGAACCAGCUAGUGGUGCUUGCCACCGCUGCGGCGGACGCCGGGAGGUACUACGUCCAAGCUGUUAAUGAGAAGAAUGGAGAAAACAAGACAAGCCCAUCCAUCUACCUGAAUGUGGCAGAUUCGGAGGCCCCUGCGGACCCUGUGGCUCCAGUCAUUGUAAUUCCACCCCGAAACACUACGGUGGUGGCCGGGGUCAGUGAGGCCACGCUGGAGUGUGUAGCUAAUGCACGUCCGGUUGAGAAGCUCAAUUUGGUGUGGCGAAGAAACGGCGUGGAAGUGGCCAGCGUUGUUGGCUCUUUCAGCCGACGCUUGACCAUCAUCAAUCCCACCAGUGCCGAUGUGGGCAUGUAUGUGUGCGAAGCCUCGCUUUUGGACAGCAGUGUGAAGCCGGCGGAGGCCAGAGCCUUCCUCGCUAUCACAGAAGCACCCUAUUUCACCACUGAGCCCAGGAGGAAGAUGAUGGGAGAGGUGGAGAAAAGUGUGGAUAUCCAGUGCCAAGCUCGAGGGGUGCCAAUUCCCAAGCUGGAGUGGUAUAAAGAUGCCGUUCCCCUCAGUAAACUCAACAACCCUCGCUACAAGGUCAUCUCAAGCAUGGGUCUUCAGGUCAGGAAGGUACAGCCCAGCGAUACCGGAAUCUUCCAGUGCUUUGCCAGGAACUCGGCCGGAGAGGCUCAGGUCCACACUUACCUGGACGUCACGAGUAUGGCUCCUGACUUCACCGCGGCACCGGUCAAUGUCACUGUCACAGAUGGAGCGGUGGCUAUAUUCACCUGUCAGGUAUCUGGUGCACCUAAAGCUGCCAUCAUCUGGAAGAGAGAUAAUCAGAUCCUCGCCAGCGGUUCGAUGCAGAUUCCACGUUUCACCCUGCUGGAGUCCGGCGGUCUGCAGGUUCAACCGGUGGUGAUGCAGGACACGGGCAUGUACACCUGCUACGCCGCUAACUCAGAAGGAGCCAUCAACGGCAGCGCCUACCUUACCGUAUGGAGUCGCACAUCCAUAUCCAGCCCUCCCACGGACAGACGUGUCAUCAAGGGGACCACGGCCAUAUUGGAGUGUGGCGCCACACACGACCCGCGCGUGGCAGUGAGGUACGUGUGGAAAAAAGAUGAGGAGUUAGUGAGCCAGACCAGAGGGGGGCGUAUCAGCCUGCAGGAGGGCUCCUUGCACAUCAGUCAAACCUGGUCCGGGGACAUCGGGGACUAUACAUGUGACGUCAUCUCUCAGGCCGGCAACGACUCCAAGGCGGCCCGUCUGGAGGUCAUAGAGCUGCCACACUCGCCUCGAAACCUGCAGGCUAGCCUGAACGCCAAUGACAGCCGCAGCGUGGACCUGUCCUGGAUGAGACCCUUUGAUGGAAACAGCCCCCUAGUGCAUUAUGUGGUUGAGCUCUCAGAGAACAAUUCUCCCUGGAGAGUGUAUUUGCCUGAUGUGGACCCCACCGUGACACGGGCUAUGGUGAAGGGACUCACUCCGGCCCGCUCGUACCAGUUCAGGGUCUGCGCGGUCAAUCAGGUGGGCAAAGGACACUACAGCACUGAAACCAACAGAUUGAUGCUGAGAGAGGAACCACCCAGCGCUCCACCCAAAAACAUCGUAGCCAGCGGCAGAACCAACCAGUCCAUUAUGGUGCAGUGGCAGCCGCCCCCAGAGCCUCAGCUCAAUGGAGUCUUGAGAGGAUACGUCCUCAGGUACCGGCUCGCGGGGCUCCCUGGAGAGUACCAGCAGAAGAACAUCACCAGCCCUGAGAUCAACUACUGCCUGAUCACAGAGCUCAUCAUCUGGACCCAGUAUGAGAUUCAGGUGGCCGCGUACACCGGGGCAGGCCUGGGCGUCUUCAGUCAGCCUGUCACUGAGUACACGCUGCAGGGAGUCCCUACAGCGCCCCCUCAGGGUGUGGAGGCCAAAGCGGUGAACUCAACCACCAUUGAAUUUACUUGGAAUCCACCACCUCAGCAGUUCAUUAAUGGCAUUAAUCAAGGUUACAAGCUGAUGGCAUGGCCCGAACGGUCUCCAGUGGAUGUUAUCGUCGUAACCAUCACCCCUGAUUAUCAUGGGACACGUCACCUCGGUUUCAUCAGCGGUCUAAAAAAGUUCACCUGGUACCUGACGUCAGUUCUGUGCUUCACCACACCAGGGAACGGUCCCCGCAGUGCCCCCAAACUGGUGCAAACUCAUGAGGACAUUCCAGGCCCCGUCGGUCGCUUGAGCUUUACGGAGAUAUUGGAUAUGUCUCUGAGAGUGAGCUGGGAGGAACCUGUGAAUAAGAACGGCAUCAUUACUGGAUACCUGGUGUCCUGGGAGGUGCAGGGGAAGAACCAAUCUCGAGUGGCGCGCACCUUGGCCAACACCACUCUGGACUACAAGGUCACCGGCCUGACAUCCCUCACCACCUACACUCUUGAAGUGGCUGCUAUGACGGAGGCGGGAGUUGGAACUGUAACUUCCUCAACCAUAUCUUCGGGAGUGCCACCAGAACUUCCCGGGCCUCCAUCAAAUCUGGUUAUUUCCAAGAUCAGUUCACGAUCUGCUACGCUGAAGUUCCGUGCAGGGGAUGAUGGGAAGACUACCAUCUCCAAGUGGAUUGUUGAGGGGCAGGUGGGCAGUGUCGGUGAUGAGGAAGAGUGGAAAGUGUUGUACGAGAAAGAGAAUGACCCUGAAGCUCAGAUGCUGGAGGUGCCCAAUCUCACACCGUUCACACACUACAGGUUCCGAAUGCUGCAGGUGAAUAUCGUGGGCCAGAGUCCGGUGAGCGUGCCGUCCCGUGUAAUUCAAACCCUGCAGGCUCCUCCGGACAUGGCGCCCAGCAGCGUGACUGUUCGCACGGCCAGUGAGACCAGCUUGUGGCUACGCUGGGUGCCACUGCCAGAGACCGAGUACAACGGAAACCCGGAGAGCGUGGGCUACAGGGUCAGAGUGUUGCGAGCGGACCUGCGGGGUGAGGCCAUCACACGAUUGGUGAACGACAGGCUGGAGAGGGAGAUCACCCUGGAGGGCCUGGAGGAGUGGACCGAGUACCAGCUGCAGAUCCAGGCCUUUAAUUCCAUAGGCUCCGGACCCUGGAGUGAGACCGUGAAGGGGCGGACGCGGGAGUCAGUGCCGUCUGGGGCUCCGGAAAAUGUGACGGCGGAGGCCAUGAGCUCCAGUCGCAUCCUGGUAACCUGGGGCCCUGUUCCUGAGCAGGAGCAGAACGGCAACAUCCUUGGAUACAAGGUUCUAUAUAAAGAGAAAGACUCGGAUUUGGAGGCACAGGUGAACGUGGUUAAAGGGAAUCUGACUCGGUCUGUCUUGCUGAGGAACCUGCGAAAAUACGUCCAGUACGAAAUCCAAGUUUUGGCUUUCACCCGAAUCGGAGAUGGGCAACUCAGCAGCACCGCAGUCCUGGAGAGAACCAAGGAUGAUGUUCCUGGGCCACCCGUUAGACUUGUGUUCCCGGAGGUGCGUCUGACAGAGGUGAGGGUGGUCUGGCAGCCCCCUGUGGACCCCAACGGCAUUAUAAUGGGAUACCAGGUAGCUUACCGUCUGGAUUCUGGGGAUCCCAAGCAGUUCAUUACAGUAGAGGUUGGUCCUGAUACCCGUCAGUUCACCGCAUCCAACCUGACCCGAGACGCGGCCUACAUCUUUCGUAUCUCCGCCAAGACGGAGCAGGGCUGGGGAACACCUGCACAGGCUGUGGUCAUAACUACUGAGAUUAGAGAGCGACCGCAGCCUCCACGGCAGCUGCGAGUGCCACAGGAACACGUGCAGUCCCGCAAACUGCAGCUCAACUGGUUGCCUGGAGGGGAUGGCUCGUCUCCCGUCCGUUACUUUACCCUACAGACGCGGGAGCUGCCCAACGGCGACUGGCUCACACAUUCCUCCGCUAUAAGCCACAAUUAUACCUCCUUGGAGGUGGACAGGCUGAAACCUUACACUUCAUACAAGCUGAGAAUGAUGGCGACUAAUGACGUCGGAGACAGCAAGUACAGCCAAGAGACGGAUGCAAUUACCACUUUACAAGAUGUUCCUGAUGAAGCGCCCUUGAUUCAAGCCGUGAAACCCUCCACGACAACAUCCGUGCUGGUUCAGUGGCAGAAGCCCAAAGAGGAGAGUUUGAAUGGGCUUUUGGUGGGCUAUCGGCUCUACUACCGUGAGCUGCAGUAUGACAGCGCUCCGCAGGAGUCAAAGAGGGCCGUCAACAGCUCCUUGCUGCGCACCGAACUGACAGCCAAAAGCACUGUGAAGACUGUCAGCAAUCCUUCAUUAACCGAAUUCGAGCUAACGCAGCUGCAGAAAUACAGGCGCUAUGAAGUUGUGAUGACUGCCUACAACGUCAUCGGUGAAAGCCCCCCAAGUGCUCCAGUUGAGGUGUUUGUUGGAGAAGCAGCCCCCUCUGUGGCCCCUCAGAACAUCCAGAUCAACACUUUGUCAUCCACACAGCUGGAGGUUCAGUGGGAGCCGCCCCCUGCCGAGACCCAAAAUGGCAUCAUUCAGGGAUAUAAGAUUCUUUACUGGGAGAAUGACAGUCAGAACGAAACGGAGAAAGUUAAGAUUCUCUUCCGGCCUGAAACCAACAUGAGACUGAAGAACCUGACCAGCUACACGUACUAUAUGGUCAAGCUGUCUGCCUUCAAUGCUGCGGGAGACGGCCCGUUCAGUGAGCCCAGGAGGGGGCGCACUCUUCAGGCAGCCCCCAGCGCUCCCAGCUUCAUCAGUUUCUCUGAGGUGACCAGCAGCACUCUGAACGUGUCCUGGGGUUUCCCACUGUCCCCUAACGGUGUGGUGGAAGGCUACAGAGUGGUGUAUGAGCCCACCGCCCCUAUUCAAGGUGUGACUAAAGUGGUAACGGUGGAUAUCCGUGGCAGCUGGCAGCGCUGGCUGAAGGUGCGUGACCUGACCAAGGGCAUGACCUAUUGCUUCCACGUGCAGGCCAAAACUAUCGCCUACGGGCCUGAGGCAGAGGCCAACAUCACAGCGGGUCCUGUCAAAGGAUCUCCUGGAUCACCUGUAGAGAUGUCAAUCACAAAGACAGGAUCUAUGCUCAGCAUCCAAUGGACACCAGGGGAAACAGGAGCAGGACAUGUGACCGGCUAUGUGAUUGAAGCGCGGCCCUCUGAUGAGGGCGUGUGGGAUACGUUUGUGCGGCACCUGCCUCCCACCAGCACCUCUCACUCUGUGAGUCUGGACCGCCUGCGGCAGGGCAUUAGCUACCAGUUCAGAGUGCUGGCCAUCAACGAGUUCGGCUACGGUGAGCCGAGUGCGCCCUCUGCUGCCAUGUCAGCCCAAGUGGACACCCCGUUUUAUGAGGAGUGGUGGUUUCUCAUUGUGUUGGCAUUGUGCGGUCUGAUUCUGCUGUUGCUGUUGGUUUUUGGUCUGGUCUUGCACGGACAGAACAGGAAGUACAAGAGCUGUGGAACAGGUAAAGCUGUGUCCACGGUGGAGGAGACGGUCACACUGGACAAUGGAGGCUUCACGGCUCUAGAGCUCAACAGCAGGCCCAUUCAUGUCAAGAGUGUCUUCCUGAGGAAAAAUGGCACCAGGUCCCCUCCCCGACCCAAUCCAGCUGGACUGCGCUAUUCCGAUGAAGACAUCUGCAGCAACUACAACGGUGUGGUUUCCACAGAGAGCACCGCACUGACAGAGGGGCCUGCAGAGAUGUCCGAGUCUGAGGCCACGGACAGCGAGUGCGAAGAGGAGCCCAUCAAACACUCGUUUGUGAAUCACUACAUGAGUGACCCGUCGUACUUCAACUCGUGGAAGCGGCAGCAGAAGGGGCUCAAGCAGACACUGGCAUGUUCCUACGAGGAGUGUGCCAGCGGGGACACCGAGUCCUACUAUCAGACAGUGGUCACACAGCACAGCGUGGGCGGGGUCUACACCCCUGCUGGCCAGCCCGCGCCAGGCUCACGAACUCCCGUCACAGGCUUCUCCUCGUUCGUGUGACGCACAGAAGGACUCGGUUCGUGGCUCGGGACAACGUAGCUGCAGAGGAAAUUCUCUGAUUUCGCACAGUACUAUCACCACAAGAGACACAUCACAUGUGAAAGGCUCAACGAGUUGCUGGAUUCUGAAUGUUAUCUCGAUUAGUGAUCGUGAUUAUUAUUAAGGGGAGAAGAGGUUUAAAAAAAAAAAAAAGCGAUUUUUAUACGCCAAUACCGAAGAGUUACUGUUACUGUGUGUGUCCCUCCUGUUUGCAGCCUUGGAUUGUGAAGAGAUGCAUAAAUGUCUGUGGGUUUUAUUAAGCAGGACGCAACAGAAAAAGCCUGUAGAUGUGACGAGACAUUCCCGCUCUAGUGAACGGCACAUAUUCACACGUAACAUUACCACAUUGAAAAGAACAUACGGAAAAAGAUAAGUGAAAAACACGCUGUAAUUACUGUAUACUCUUGUCUGAAUAAUCUCAUCUCACCGUCAGGGUCGCUAUAUAUACAUGUUGCACUCGAGACCGUAAAGGUCAUGAAAUGUAAAUCUUCUCUAAUGGAUUUGAUUCGCGUUCACGCUGCCUGGAUAAUGAAGCACGGAUGAUUCCAGUAUAAUCUCUAUAGAGUCACCAGCAAGAAACCUACGGAGGCUGUUCGAAGAAGCCAGACAGCUCUGGUUCCCUGCCUCCGUGUGAUCAGACGGUGAGACGGUGCCAGAUGUGUUGUGAUUUGUGCCAUUGCUCAUUCUCACACAUAUCAAACAUCAAGUUUGUAGUUUUUUUUGUUUUUGUUUUUUUGCUUUUCUUGUUUUGUUCCUGUCUGUUUGGCCUCGCUUAGGAACUGCAAACACUCACUUGAAAUUAUUUAAUGAAUGAAUGUAGGAAUUGUAUGUGAGGAGAUCAGUUGCUUUACACAUAAUGUUCUGCACUUUUGAGCCAUAAAUACUUCAGAUUCCUUCUUUUCUUCAGUAUGAUCGAUUUUUUGUUUUCUUUUUUUACAGGCUUGUAAAAAGUGUAAUUUUACAGUGCGAUUUUAGAAUUAAUUUGUAUGGGUUUUUGUUGUUCGCUGUAGUGUUCUUCAGAAGUGACGUACAGUAGUUCUGUUGUAUUUUCAUAAGUACGAAUUUUUGCAGUUCUUGAAAAUGCCAACUCAACAAAUACAGUAAUCAGAGUGUACUGUUAUGGAAAUGUUUGUUUCAAUCCCACCCAGUGUUUUAGCACAAGUGUGUGUCAUGGACUUUCAUGAAGUAAAGAUUUUUUAUGAUAAAUGAAA